UCAUUCAUUCAUCCGCCUUCGACUGUGAUUCGUGUCCGUGGUGUGACAAAAAGAGGAAAAGUUAUAUUUUCCUCCCCGCAGUAUAAAUUCUUAUCAGCGCGAUUCAACCUUCUGAUAUUGUUGUUCCAUCUCCGGCCAGAGCUUCAUAUUGUCCGAUGAGAAAAAAUUAGUGCAAUAUUCUGCGAUCGGUAAAAGUGUGUGCGUGCGCGAAAAUAUGUGAAGUGUGCCAGCAAGAAAGGACAAGAUCGUAACGAGCAGUGUUGCCAGACUAUCUGGCAACAAGUUGGGAAAAUCGCACAUACGUCAAAAGAGCAAAACGACAGACGAAAAGUCAGUCAGUCAGUCAGUCCAUAUCGAAAGACAGCAGCAGCAAAAAGUAAGGCAAUCGCUCCGAAUCAGCGCCACACAGUCACAGUGUCAGGAGAGCCUAGCAACGAACCACAAGUCGAGCGAUACGUCGUCGUGGGAGUGCGAGUGUGUGAAGAAAAAAAUGUCUUGAAAAAAAAAUCACUUUUAACUUGCGCCGAUUAGGAAAUGUGUAAUGUUUUUUGAAAUUGCUGUUCAAGAAUGCCGAUUCAGGCGCCACAAUGGACAGAAUUCCUCAGCUGUCCGGUUUGCUGCAACGAAUUUGCGGCAAAUCUUCGUCCACCAAUCAGUCUAGGAUGUGGCCACACCAUAUGCCGUACUUGCUUGGCGACGCUGCACAGGAAGCAGUGUCCAUUCGAUCAGACUAUUAUAUCGACGGACUUAGAUAAUCUACCGGUGAACAAUGCUCUGUUACAAUUGGUCAGCACUAGCAACACCGCUGGCAGCAGUCCUGGAAGUGGCAACGGCACCAGCAACACCUCGUCCGGGUCAUCCACCGGGGGUCCUGGUACUCCCGGUGGAUCUGCGAUCGAUCCAGACCUGAGCUCACCAAGUGUUCAAAAUUUGAGCCCCGAGGAUUUGCAGUGCUACAAGACUGCGCGAGGAUGUAUUGAGGAGCUAGCACUUUACCUGAAACCUUACCCAAAUGGUAACGCCGGUGGACUUCUGUCGCGUCCGAUGCAGCGCAAACUGGUCACCCUGGUCAAUUGUCAGUUGAUUGAGGAUGAAGGACGUGCGCGAUCGUUGCGUGCCGCUCGCUCGUUAGGCGAGCGAACGGUCACCGAGUUGAUACUGCAACAUCAAAAUCCACAACAGCUAAGCACCAACCUUUGGGCAGCGGUGAGAGCCCGAGGAUGCCAGUUUCUAGGGCCAGCCAUGCAGGAGGAAGUGCUGAAAUUGGUCCUUCUAGCUCUGGAAGAUGGGUCGGCACUUUCGCGGAAGGUGUUGGUUAUGUUUGUAGUGCAACGAUUGGAACCACAUUUUCCACAAGCUUCGAAAACUAGCAUCGGACACGUAGUUCAGCUGUUGUAUAGGGCAAGUUGUUUCAAAGUAUCUAAACGUGAGGGAGACUCAUCUUUGAUGCAGUUGAAGGAAGAAUUCCGUACUUAUGAAGCACUGAGAAGGGAGCAUGAUGCACAAAUAGUACAAAUUGCAACCGAAGCAGGUCUCCGGAUAGCCCCUGAUCAGUGGUCCUCCUUACUGUAUGGCGAUACGGCACACAAGUCACAUAUGCAAAGCAUUAUAGAUAAACUACAAACACCGCAAUCUUUUGUGCAAUCAGUACAGGAGUUGAUAAUCGCACUCCAGCGAACAGGUGAUCCAGCCAAUCUGUCCGGAUUACGGGUGCAUCUCAAGCAUCUAGCCAGCAUUGACUCAAAUGCUGAAAAUCAUGUGCCAACGUGGCGCGAAUGUUCCACAGCAUUGGAAGCAGUCAAGCGGGUCGUUAUAGGCCUGGUCGAUUUUGUACAGCAUCAUGGCAACCGCAAGUUGCAAGAGCCAGGACACUUAGCUCAUAAUAGUAAAUAUAAAAUUAGCCUGUGUCGCGACCUGAAUCUCCGAGGAACCUGUCCACGCGGACCGAACUGUACUUUUGCGCAUUCGGAAGAAGAACUGGAGAAAUACCGUACAAAGCUGCGAAAGAACAACAUUCGUACGCCGAAUGGGAAGGAUCAUAACGAAUACAUAGGAGAUCUUGGGAUGCCAUCCACUUCGCAUGGAUAUCAUUCGUCUGGAGAAGAAGCUUCCCCAAUGCGAUAUCCGAAGUCAACUCCACAAAUGAGAUAUCUAGAUAAAUCUCCUAUGAGUAGUCACAGCCACGCCAGCGGAAGUAGUAAUAGUAACAGUAGUCAUAAUAGUCACUUAGCGCCAAUUCCACCUCUCCAACAUCCUCCGUACUCGAUCGUGCCGCCCCCACCAACACCACUGCAACACGGUGCCAAUGGAAGAAAUUUCAAUUUUAAUCCAAAUUAUCCAAAUGGAGGAAACGGGAACCUUCCAUAUGGUACUCGACCUCCUCCUCCACCGAUGCCGCCUCCUCCUGUCCACAAUUCUGGGCCGAUAAGAGGAAACUUUAUCAGGCCUCAGAAUGGAAACUUCAUGGGACAUCCUCCUCCGCCGCCCCCACCCAUGCAACACAAUCCUGCGAAUGGCCCCCCAAUGAAUAUGCUACACGGUGGUAAUCAUCCAACAUAUCCCGCUGCUCAACCGCCACCACUAGAACAAAUGCAUCAACAGAUGAUGAAUGGACCUCCUCCGCCAUCAUUCGUUGGCAAUCCAGCUUAUCCUCCCGACUAUCCGGAGAAAAUGGACCAAAGGCGCCAAUUCAAUCCAUGGGAAAACCAACCACCGCCAGCACUUCCAAAUCCAAAUAAUGCACCGCCAGGUGCACCUGGUCCGCAACACUCUGUAGUUCCUCCAGUUAACAUACUUGGGCAACAGCAUGCACCCAAAUCAGGUAUCAAUCCGUCUUAUCCAUCCGGUAUGAUGGGCAAUAAAAACCAUCUACCGUCACCGCCAACGAUGGCAACACACUCACAGCAUCCUGCAAUGCCUCCGUUAGCUUCUCAACAACUCCAACAUCAGCAACAACCACAACUACCACCACCACAACAACAACAACAGCAACAGCAUCAUAAUGCUGCAGGAAGCGGUGGCAAGUACUACCAAGGCAACAAUCCAUUGCACCAUAAGCAGCGUGACUACCGAGAUAAGCAGCACCUCGUAAAUCCAAAUAACGCUAGACUGCAUAUGCCUCAUGCACAUUCACAACCACCGCAUCCUGUACCUUCGAUGCCACCACAGCAGCAGCAACAACAACAACAACCAACAAACUUCGGUAAUGGCAAUAGGAAUAAUCUGCAUGCUGUUAUUUCUCAAGCCACGCAAAAUUUGGUAAGCAAUGGGAAUGUAGCGCCCUCUGGAAACAAUGGUGCAAUGAACAACGGAUACACUGCAAACGCCAUGUCACUCAGCCGCAGUGAUACAUUAGAGUUGUUGAAGAUGCUCAACCUAAGUGCUAGUGCCGAUCUAGCAAAUCCAACCGGAACAACCAAGGACAUGUUUGUGCGGUCGGAUUCGUUGCUGAAUGACGACGAUUUUUCCAUCUCCGAGAAUGACUUUUCAAAUGCCAUCAUCAACAAGUUUGGACCAAUAUCGCGGACGAGCAAUCAACUUGCAAAAUCAAGAGGCGAUUUCCCAUUUGCGGGAAACCUGAUCGACAGUGACUGGCUUCUGAAUGUACAACAGCAGUUGUACAACGAAGCGGCCGGCCUUGGUGAUCUAUCGUCUUCGAAUUGUUCAUCGGCAUCGUCGUCGUUUUACCAGCAAUCGCAACCGCAUCCUGCAACGUCUCAGACGUCGAGUAUCAAGAGCGAACCCAACAAUAACAACCUCGAGUUGGACCUCUUCCAGGUUGAGAGUAAAAUGACAGACUAUACGAGUUCCAUUGGCGGCACCAACCAGUCCAAUAGUACAUCACAACUUCUACAUCAUCAUCAAGUCGAGGCACAGUUGCUGCAACAACAGCAGCAACAGCAACACCAUCUAUCUCACACUACUGCCCCUCAGCAUAUGGCUGCUGCAGUGCAACUUACCGGAGGUCAUCAUGCGACCGGGUCACUUCUUUCAUCACAUCACCAGCAGCAGCAGCAUACUCCCCAUUCCCAUCAUUCCUCAGCUCAGGCACAUCACCACCAUCAGCAGCAGCAACAACAACAGCAGCAUUUAUUCGUGCAACAGCAGCAGCAACAACAACAUCAUAUGCACCAGCAGCAUAAUAUGCAGCCACACAAGCUGCCGAACCAUCUGGUAGAUUCCAUGCGUUUGAACGAUUUGAUGGGAAGUAGUGGUAGCGGCGAUUUGAAGAUUCCCAGCUUUAAAGAGCUGAAGGAGUUGAAGACCCAGCAAACAAUGAGCGGUUUGUCGCCCGUGUCGAGCGUGUUGACAGCAGCAACGCCUUCAUCGUCGUCAGUGGGAAUGGCGCCACUGUGGAACAACCUGUUGGACCUAUCCGGUCUGAAACCGAGCUCCGAUGGCAACGAUUUGGUGGUCGGUGUAGGAGGAGUGCAUGGCAGCAACAGCACCGGUGGAAGUGCUAGUGCCAACAAUAGCAACAAUACCAUCCUGAACAACAGCACAGCCAGCGCUAGCAUUAGCAACAUUAAUAGCAACAAUAGUAACAAUAAUGAGGAUUCCUAUGAAGCGGGAAUCGCUGACGAUAUGCGAGAGUUAGCACUCCGUCUUGAAUCCGAGCUAGAGUUGGACGAAAACGGAGUGUAGAUGUGUGUACACUAACACAAAACACACACUCACGCAUUGACUGAUUGUGAUCAAUAUCUCCUAUAAAUGUCGCUAAGGUGUAGGCGUAGAUAAAGUAAGAGCUGGUAUUGAAGCUCAUAAGGCUCCAGAGUAGUAGACGCAAAAAAAAUCAGACUAAGACUUAGCGGAGAGCAACAUUUCAUUAAAUGAAAUCAAGAUCGAUUCAAAUUUUAAAAAUUACUAACACAGGAAAACGAUCCAGAUUGUGGCGGGAUUGAAACACGCUUUUGUCGCCCUGUUGAGGGUGACACCCAUUUGCAUGCAUUGGGGGCACGUGUAGAAACGACAAAUAACGACAGAAACAGUUGGAUACAGUGCGCUGAAGGAUUAGACAGAGCGCCACUUACUAAGCUAAUACUAUUCAAUGUUUGUUUUAGAAACUUUUCUUUUCUGUUUUGCAGAAAACGUGUGUUUUAGAGAUAUUUUUCGGAUCGAAACAAAAAUGCUCUAUUUAGAUUGAGCUGAACCAGAGGAGCAACAAAUUGCAUCAUGUGAAACAAAUUCAAGAUGACUAGCUAAUAUAUUGAUACAUAUUAUAUAUAUUUCCUAAACAAAAGUGGGUCGUGCACUGAUAAUUGGGACGGGAAAGCAGAAGGAGUGACAAACUGUGUACGAAACAACUCACGAGUUCUAGUAGGGGAAACAUAAAAUUCAAAAGGAGCCAAGCAACCGAUAGCGUGAUACAGACCAGGAAAAGGUGAUUCAUUAUUAUUAUUGAUGGUUAUACUACAAAUUGAAUAUUAUAAUUAUUCUAUUUAUUAUACGUUUACAUUGCUAUUAUCAACUUUAAAUCGCUAUUUGUUAUUUGUAACAAUUAUUCUUAUUCAUAAUAUAUGCAUAUUCUUUAUGGAAUUAACGGCUAGGAACUUCAAACAAUUAAACUAAAUACUUUCGAGAAAUGAAUUGAUGCGUGUUUUAGCUUAUUACAAAAGAAUUAGCUCAUUUCUCGUGUUAAAAACAGUAAAAAUAUAAUUGAAAAUUAUAUUUUGUUCAGCAUAAAAAAAAAUCAACAAUCAAAUGUUUAUAUUAGCCAAUUAUUAACCUUUAUUGUGAAACGUUCGUCAGUUUAAUUCAUUGAUUAGUCUAGUUUCCAAUCUUUUAUACGACAUUUUAUGUGUAGGCUUUUAUAUCAUUGUAUAUUUCAAUUUUUUUACAUAACUUGUGGGCAGGUUGUGUAAAAGCAAGAGUAAAACUAUGUUUUUAUUUUUAACCGAGUAACACGUAUAGUUUAAGCAUAGUACUAGCAACAAAAUUACUUAUGUACUGUUUCCUUUUAGAGCAAACUGUCUUUGUUUUUUAAAUGUAGAACAGUUCAACUGAUUAUGUCGAUUACGGUGCGUAAUCGCAUUGUAUAGAUUUUCAAUAUCUACAAACGUCGAAAACACCGGCAACAACAUUUAACAGAUUGAUUAUUUCAUUUUAGAUUAUUCGCCUAAUAUUGCUUUGUGCAACGGUGAGUUAGUGGAAAGCGUCGCGGAAUUUCUAACGUCCAAAAAAAAAACAAAUUAAAAAGAGAAACAAUUACAAACAAUGAUGCAAGCGGUAGAUGGCUUUACUGCUAGUGUUAGUUAAGCGUUAUUUUUUUUUGUUUCUUAUAUACUAGAUGCAACGCGAAAUUCUAUUUCGUGUUAUGAAGGAAACUUAAAACGGAGAACCAGACGGUCAUUUCGAAGGUUAACAUUGAACUAUUGAGAUCAUUGAACACGCAAACAUAAAUUUCGGAAAGAGAUUGAGACGGAAUGUUUCUUGUUUUAAAAGAGAUUGCUUUUUAACGACGAUAGAAUAUCAUUGUGUUUGUCACCGAUUUGAUCUAGUGGUUCCGUAUUCGGACAGAACUGUAACCAUAUUACAAUUACAAACAACAGAAGAUUAUUUUAUUCGCUAGUAAAAGGCGCGGAUGAUCAUUGUUAUAUUAUAGCGAGCGUAAAAAAACGUACUAUUGUAGGUUUGUUUUCUGAGUUGAUAAAUACUGUUAUUUGAAAGCAUUCGACAGUUGAAUGCGUUUUUGACUAAUUAGGAUGAAAAGCGUAACUACGCCAACGCUAAUUAGGAUGAAAAGCGUUUUUGAAAUAGGGAACAGCAAGGGAACGUAUUAAGAGCCAGCAUCCUUUCAGCAUAUAUAACAGAGAUGAUGAACUGAAAUCAAAUUGCAAGUCAAUGUAGAAAGUAUCUUCACUACAAGUAACAACCCACAGAACACAAGAAUAUUGAAAGGAUCCACUGUGCAAACUAUCGCAAAAUGACAAACAAUUUGGGCUGUUGAAUCACUAUGUUGUUCUCCGAGAGGUAUAUUCAACGACAAAGAUGGGAACAGACUACGGUAGUGUUGGUGUGGUUUAGUGCAUGUGAUUAGUGAGGGAUCAGUGUAUGGCGAUAGGUACCGCUUAAGGUGAUGGUGCAUUGCACGCACUUUUACAUGGAUCAUGUCCGUGCGCUUGGAAUGCGAGUAUGAAGCAAAAUGGCCGUGGUAACAGCCAUUUUGAGAUUCUUGCAAACUUGUUUUUAGUUACACAAAAGCACAGCGUAACUUUUUUUUGUCCCAGACAUCAAAAACCUAGUUGCUUAAUUUGGAAUUAUUCGAUGCGUUGUAGUUUACAAAAUUACUUUUAUCACAUUUACCCUGUAUGAUGUUAAACCUACAUGGUAUAACACUUCAUUUAACUUUCCUUAAUAUUCGAAUUCGCUGUCUUUCAAUGGUUCCAGACUGACAUGCAAUAAAGUUAAGUCUAUGCGACCAGUGCUGCUAGCUAUCUAAUAAAUUUGUUUUGUACUCAAUACGACUUAGAUUAUAGCUUCAUUUUUUAUUAUCCACUUCAUCAUUACUUGAAAUUCAAGUUUUCUAUCUUAUUUUGAUUUCAAAUUAUUGAGAUUUAUUUGAAUCCACUGGAAUAGUGUUGCCAUUCAACCACAGAACUAUGGAAGGCGCCACUUUACAAUUGCAAUUGCAAUUACCUUUCGCUAACAUUUAAGAUUUCUCUUUUGCAAUGGUUUUAGAUCGACUUGCGGUAAGGUUAUGCCUAUGUACGCAGUGUUGCCAGCCUUGUAAUAAGUUUUUUGUUUUGUAUUCCAUACGACUUUGAUUAGUGUUUUAAUGAUUGUUAUCCACAACAUCAUUGUACAUGUAAGCUGAAGAGCUACUUGGACACUUUCAUGAUUCACUUUGGCAUGAAGUUUUUUCAGCCGUAUUGUCUGAAAUUUCACAACAAGAAAAAAAAGCACUAAAGAUUUCGCAAAAAAAUGUCUGGAUUUGUACAACUGCCUGUCACUCGUAUUUGCAUCAUGACUAAUCUUUGGUGAAUUGUUAGAGGGACAUUUAACGAUUAAGAUCUUUGCAACAUUUCUAGAAAGGUACUAUGGGAUUCCUGGCAAGUUUCUUAGCGAGAUGCUUGUUAGAUUUUCAUUUAAAUUCAUCAUUUUAAUGAUAUCUUGACAAAGUUCUGAUAAGGCUGUAUAGAUUUUUAAAGAUUUAUAGCGAUUUCUGCCAAUUAUCCCAAACAAAUUUCAUGACAUGAUCUAUGAUGAAUAAAUAAAUAAUGAGAUCCUUUAGGUAGUCUGGGCCAGUUUUUUGAUAAGUUUUUGACGAGAUUCUUGAACAAACCUUUUAAAGAUGCUUGGAAGAUGCAACUAAAGUCAAUGUCAAAAGUAGCAACCAGUUUCAAAGGAGAACAACAAAAUGUAUUUUGAGAAAUCAUCUCUGUUAAAUAGAUCUUUGCUUGCAUGAGUUUCGACAGAUCGAGAAUUUCUCCAGGAAACAGCCAUGGGACCAUGUCUAACGCUUAACUCCGGAGGCAUGAAGUUUAGAUACACAGAGCAGAAAUUUGAUGAAAAUCUCAACUUCCUUUGAAUUCUAGGGGGUGGACGGUCUUUUGGAUAUUUCAAUUAUUAUUUUAUACCUUUUUGUGUAAAACAUUAGAAAGCGUUUUUUUUUUUUCAAACCGUUUUGAGCUCACAGGGUUUGAUAAAUUUUAUUAAAAAUAAUAUUUCAUGAUCAUGAGAUGAGGAAAAUAAUACAAAAAUUUAAAGCCGUAGGAUAAUUUUGUCAAUCAGUUUUUUUUUACUUCCUCCGCGAAAAAUCCGGGCAUUGGAAAACUGAUUUUGAAUGGACACUCUGCAAAAGUUUAAUGAAUAAUGUAGUUUAAAACCCAUUUAAACAUCAAUACAAUCAAAAUGUUAUAAAACAUUGGUAACCUGUAAUUAAAAAUUAGGACGUACUGAAACAUUUCUAAGAGCGGCAUCGGAUUCAGCAACUUCAAAAUUAUUAGAAAUCCUUUGAACACGCAAGAAAUCAAUGAAAUAAAUAACAUUCUCUUGAAACAUAACGAUUUAGGGCGGGGCUACCCCAAAUGGCAUCGAACGUCAGUUGGCGGGAAGUCGUUUGGCAUAAAUUAAUCAAAUUACCAAAGGGCCGUUAGGCAUAAAGGUCAUUUGGCAUAACAAGAAGAACAGCAUAUUUCAAAAGAAGUAGUAUAACUAUGACAAAAUACCAGAAUGGUACUUUGGCAUUCUGCAACAAUUGGGCAAGAUCUGUCAAAGCAUCAGCAGCACUACCCUCCAACUCGCUUUGAACGUUCUUAUAUUAAGAGCGCUUACAAAGGAAGAUCAAAUCUAUUGCAAAACCACACCACCUACAAACAAACGUAUGUCCUAAAGCACCCAAAAAAAAAAACACGAAAUCAGCAAUGGCGGAGAACUAAAACGUGGUGCAGUUUUUCUUAAACCCAAUGGGUUCAUCGUGAAUGAAUUACAUUCAUUAUUAUUUAUGUUUAUUAUAAAGCAAGCAAACAAAACGAAAGAAAAGUGGAGAAACGCAAUGAAAUUUUAACUACGGCACUAGGUGAAAACAACUAUACAAGAGCUGGAAGCAACAAUCGAUGAUGCAGCAACACGAAGAACAGUAAACAGUGGAAUGAGAAUAUCGAAUCCAAUCAACAACGUUCAUUAAACAGCAAGAUGGGAAUACCAAUACGUUAAAUCAGUGUGAAACACUUUUGGAUAACGCAAAUCCUUACUAAUAUAAAAAAAACUAUGACAUAACAUAAAAAAUGUAUCUACUAAACACAACUAAACCGAUUUUGAGUCUUAAAUCGUUUAGCUAGUGGAAUACUAAAAACAUUAUUAAUGCUAAAUUAAACAGUUAAAACAAAUGUUAAAAAAAAUUAUAGCAGUAAAACAAUACCGAAAUGCGAAAAAAAUGGAUAAGGUAUAUCAUAACAUUUGAAGAAAGCCUGUGUGUAUGCAUUUUUGAUUAUUUGAACCAUCGCAAAAAAAAAGAUAAAAGAUAAAUGCAAGAGAGAUAUGAGAACUAUAUACAUUUGAUUAUAUAUUAGGAUUACUGAGAUGAAAAAAAGAAACAGUUAACAUUUGAUAUAUAUUAUUGUGAGAUCAAACAAAAAAGAACCCAUAGCAAAUCGCAAUAUUGUCAGAAUGAAUAUAUGAAACAAAAGAAAAAUCUUUUAAAACAAAAAAAAUCAAUACAAAGCAUAUUUACAUCUUUUCAACGCGAAACCGCAACACACUGUACGAAGUUUGGGCUUGUUUCAUGAGUUUGCCAAUAUUUUUUUCAUCCAGUUUCCAUACAAUUUCUUUUCAUUUUUUUCUUCCCGCUCAACAUUGCGAUACAAUAAUGGCUAGGUUGAACAUCAAUCACCGAGAUUGGAGUCGUAAUAUUGUUUAUCCCCUAGGAUUUUAUGCUAAACAAAUUGUACAGAGUCCCUUCCAGACGUUUAAAGUGCUUAUAUUUUUCGCUCUUAGUUUUUCCCUAACCGCCAAGUUCGCCGCAAUAUACUGACAGUCGUGAAUUGAAAGGGAGCGAGUGCAGCAAACGGUUCACGAUGAGAUUUAUACGCUCUGUUGUUUAAAUGAUGUUUUCUCUUUUUAGAAGAUUAUAAUUACUAAAUAUAUCUAUACAUUUUAAAGAAAAGCCACAAAUUCAACUGCAACAGUAG